AGUUUUUUUGAUAAUGUAUCUGGGUAUAAUUCAAUGAGGGAUAUUGUAUUAGAGGGUACUAAAGGCAGUGCGGCCAACAUUCCAACCCUUCAUCCUCAAUCAUAUAAUCUGACAAAUUUAUAUUUCGUUAAUAUUUUUACUA